AUGACUUCGCCCCUGGCUGAGGAUGACGAUGACUUGGGGGACUUUGGGGCGGGGGGUGUGUCUGGUUCGGGGGUGCAGGGCGAGAGACUCUCUUUGACUGGAGAGCUGGAGGGAGAAGAAGGGAUUGAUGCUCAGGCGAACCCCGUUGACUUGGAUAUCGGGCUUCUCACGGAGCUGGACGGAGGUAGUCUGGCUGACCCUCUACCAGCACCAACUCCUCAGGCGCUGCACGAGGCACUCGCUCUACCAGGCCUGUCGUCUGCCCGCACCCCAAAUCAGAUAGACAAUCUGGAGAGUCUCCGGCGACGACUCACGGACACCUCCAUACCCUCAUUCCUGGUGCAUCUCCCCGCCCUGCUGGUGGAAUACUACUUCGACUACGUCUGCGCCAUGUGGUCGUCGUUCGACUCGGACCUCAACCCCUUCCGCACCAACAUCGCCCGCCUCUGGAGCCAGAACGCCCCCAUCUACUACGCCAUCCAGAGCAUGGCCGCCGCCUCGCUGGCCGGCGACUUCCCCGGGAUGCGCGUCGUGGGCGCGCAGAUGCAGCGACGGGCCAUCCACGCCCUGCAGGAGGCGAUGGCGGUGUCGCCGACGCUGAAUGACGAGAAUCUGUUCUACGGGUUGUUGAUGGUCGGGUCGACCACCGCGUGGCACAACGGGGGUGAUCUGGGGUUGCCCUAUCUCCAGGCCGCGCGGCGGUUCCUCGUGCGACAGAGCCGGCGGAGCCACGAAGAACACUCGUCUUCAGCAUCCUCAACAUCAUCCUCCGAUUCGGAGGUCCUCACCCAGCAGUACCCAUUCUUCAAGCAGUGUCUCCUGUACUGGAACAUGCUAGCCGCGUUCGUCGCGCAGGACAUCUCGGAUUUCGGGGUUACCGACAGCGACGGCGACGGCGACGGCGACAGCGAUCACCACCUACCGAUCUACGUGGUCAACGGCCAAACCCUCCUGCACCCCUGGACAGGGCCUCUCCCCACCGCACUGCGGUAUUUCUAUCAGAUCGCGCGCCUCAUUCGGUCUGCGCGCCAUGCGCCACUCAUCAACCUGGCCACUUUCCCGAAGACCCAGCGAACAAACCCACUUCCCUAUGACGACGCCAUGCACCCCAAUCCUCCUCACGCGAAAGCCCAAACCAUCGAGACCGAGCUCCUCACCUUCGACGUCGACGGCAUAGGCCACCACCUCCCGACCGGCGACACCAACACCCCGGCGAACCACUUCACCAUCCUCGCCGACGCCUACCGCUGCGUCGCCCUGCUGCAGAUCUACCACGCCUUCCCAGCCAUCCUUGUCUCGAGACUCCACACCCAGCAAGACGUCCACAUACCCGAGCAUCCGGCUCUCCCCACCCUCUCCUCGGGAAUGACCCCCCGCCAAUUCCGACGCCACCUCGCCCUCCACAUCAUUGCCUUACUAGAAACCCUCCCCGUCACCUCAGGGACGAGGGUAAUGCAACCGGUCCUCCUGGCCGCGACGGCGGGGAGUCUGGUCUUUUCGAGAGGAACACCGCUAGGCGUGGCGGCGGACGCAUGGGCGCCUUUCGACGCGGUGGACGUGGAGAUCGCGCAGGCGCGGCGGCGCGUGAGCGCGCGGCUGGCGGAUCUGACGCGGAUCCUGCCGCGGCCGCCGCUGGAGCGGGUGGGGGAUUUGGUGCGCGAGGUGUGGAGGCGGGCGGAUGAUGCAGGUGCUGGUGGGGGAGUGGAGGGGGGUGGCGGUCAGGAGGAUCAGGAGGAGGCGUUCUGGUUGGAUGUUAUGAUGGAGAGAAGGUUGGAGACUAUUAUGGGGUAGAAUGUCUUUCCGCUCUUGGAUGGGUAGUGGGGAUGGUGGUGGAGGGCACUGCGAUGGGUUAGUGGAGAUAAGGGAUAGAUUGCGAGGGAGGUGACCUGGCGAUAUGAUGAAUGAUCCGCAAGGGUAGAAUCUCGACAAUAUACUGUACUGUAC